AUGAAUACACAAUAUGAUAUUCAAAAACGAAACAAUUCAAGAUUGAUUAUUUUCGAUGACCGAUUUGCUCUAACACUUUGGCGGCGUUUAAAAUUUAGUCAUCGAAUAACUAAACUAAUUCCGAAUACGAAACCAUUCGGUUUCAAUGUUCAAGGAACAUGGGGAAUGUGUGGUGUCAAUACAGCAAUGCGAUUAAAUAUCACGAAAUACAAUCAAUCAAUAUCGGAGAAUUCUACGAAACGUUCAUUAUCGAUUCGAUACUGUUAUCUGCAUAUACUUCAAUUAAAAUCAGAAAAAUCGAUUAUGAAUCAAGAUGAACAAAAGAAAUUAAUCGAGCAAUUACCAGUCGAAAUGUGGAUUUCGAUACUUAAACAUUUAGAUAAACAAGAUAUUCAACAUUUAGUACUUGCUUUUCCUGAUUUUCAAUUACUGAAAAUUGUUUGGGAAGCUGAGGAAGUGAAGAAGUUUGAAGAAAACUUAUUACGACAAAAAUUUAUUCCAACAAUCAAUGGUGUAUAUGAACAUUCACGAACUGCAACGAGUUAUAUUGUGCAGUAUGAUCGAAAUACACAUGAAGUAUGUGAAGUAGAAAUGGAAAAACUUUUAGCUGAUGUAUUUUAUAAUCGAAAUUGUUAUGGUUCCCUUUAUGGAGUUGAACAAAAAGAUCGAAUAAAACGGCAACCAACGAUCGAUUUAGAUCAUAGUGUCGAUCGCACUUAUAUGACUAAUCGUCAUCAAGCACAAUUUAUUCGUCAAGAUCUUUUAUCACGUUUUCAUUUGGAAAAAAGCACAUUACUGCAUAGUUCAGAUGAUGAAAAAUUUGAUUCAGACAUGAGUAUCGAUAAUCAACAGUAUGAAUUCGAUAAAUUAGAGAUUCUCACUCGUCAACGAAAGCAUGCUCUGGAAAAUACAGAAGAAAAGCUUGUUGAUCAAUAUUUAGUUGCCAAUAACAAUGGUCAUGAUUAUCAUUUGGACCGAUGGAGAACAUUUUCAAGAGACGACAUAAUAGGUUAUCGUGAAAAUUUAUUGAAACAGAUCGAGCAAGAUUCAGGUGCAACUUUAUGUCGAAUGGCAUCGGAAAAUAUGAGGUCAGCGCUAAAACUUGAAGAUGUAGUUUAG